ACUUCCUCUGCUCCGCUCCGCACCUUAAAUGCGCGCCUCCCCCCUUCGUCCUCAUCCAACUCCAGACGAGACGAGAGGGACAUCCCCAGGAAAAGGAGAGUGAGAGUGUUGUGGUUCGGGUCGACAACAUCAUGUCGAAGAUGGCGGACGAGAAGGUGAUGGCGGCGCCGGAGAGCGCCGGGGUUGGGGAGGACGCGGGGGAGCAGACGGUGGCGGAGGCGCGGGUCCGGCCGGUGGAGACGCUGCUGCGCGCGGUGCCGCUGGGGCUCUGCGUCGCCGCCAUGGCCGUCAUGCUCCGCGACACGCAGACCAACGAGUACGGCACCGUCUCCUACUCCGACCUUGGCGGAUUCAGGUACCUGGUGUACGCCAACGGGCUGUGCGCGGCCUACUCCUUGGUCUCCGCGUUCUACACUGCCGUGCCACGGCCGGCGACCCUGUGCCGCUCCUGGAUCGUCUUCCUCCUUGACCAGGUGUUCACGUACCUGAUCUUGGCGGCCGGUGCGGCGUCGGCGGAGCUGCUGUACCUGGCGUACAACGGCGACAAGGAGGUGACGUGGAGCGAGGCGUGCGGCGUGUUCGGGGGAUUCUGCCGGCAGGCCCGGACGUCGGUGGGCAUCACCUUCGGCUCCGUCCUCUGCUACAUCCUGCUCUCGCUCAUCUCCUCCUACCGCCUCUUCAGCGCCUACGACGCGCCGCUGCCGGCCGGCAGCAAGGGCAUCGAGAUCGCCGCCUUCCCGCGCUAGCUGACGCGUGGCCGAUCGGACGACGACAAUGCGACUACUGGCUACUAGCUUAGCUACUUGAUUGUGGAUCAAAACACGGACGUGCUACUGCAGUAUCUAUCGCUCAGUGUGUGUGUGUAGGUGAACAAAAUAAGUAUGGAUGUGUUCAUAGUACCCGUACUUGAUAUGCAGCUACAUAUAAUGGUGCAUCUGCUCCUCGUUUGACUUGAUUAUUUUGCUCA